AUGCCUAAGAGAACAGCUGAGCUUCCUCUCGGGGAGAACUUUCCCGGGCCACCGGCCUCGAAAAAACCGCGCGUGGAGGACGAGAUCGAAGACGACACUCCUAACGGCGCAGUACCCGCCGCGCAACCAGCCGAAGACCAACAGUCGGAACAAGACGAUCGCAAUGGCGCCAAUAUCCUAGCAGCAGCUGAUGAAGGAGAAGCACUUGGAGAAGGCGCACAGGAUGACUCAAGCCUCUCGGAUAUUGACGAAGAGGCCUCCGCCCUCAGUGCACCCAAACGACAAAACCAGCCGAUGGAGGGCUACGGCGACCUCUACCUCGACACGGUCAACAGGGGAGUACUCGAUUUCGAUUUCGAGAAGCUGUGCUCCAUCAGUCUCUCGAAUAUCAACGUGUAUGCCUGUCUCGUCUGUGGCAAAUAUUUCCAGGGUCGCGGUCCCAAGUCGCAUGCGUAUUUUCAUGCGCUCGAAGUUGGACACCAUGUUUUUGUUAAUAUGGGUACCAAGAAGGUCUACGUGCUUCCAGAAGGAUACGAAGUCCAGAGUAAUAGCUUGGAUGAUAUCAAGUAUGUGGUGGACCCGCACUACUCGAAGAACGAAGUGGCCAAGAUGGACAAAGAAGUUCACGGUGCCUGGGAUCUCCAUGGUGCUAGGUACAGGCCAGGAUUUGUUGGUAUGAACAACAUCAAAGCCAAUGAUUAUAUGAACGUCGUGGUUCAGCUUUUGGCGCAUGUACUCCCGAUCCGCAACUUUUUCCUCCUCCAUGACUUCCCACAGCUGGGCACUCCACAACUCGCGCUUCGCUUCAGUACACUUGUACGCAAGCUAUGGAAUCCCAAAGCGUUCCGGUCUCACGUUUCUCCCCACGAGUUGUUACAAGAGAUCUCCCUACGAUCAUCAAAGCGCUUCACACUCAGUCAACAAUGCGACCCCGUGGAAUUCUUAUCAUGGUUCCUGAACAACCUCCACCUUUCCCUUGGUGGUUCCAAAAAGCCUUCUGCCACACCUACCAGUGUAGUCCAUGCCGCAUUCCAGGGUCGUGUACGGAUUGAAUCACAGGCCAUCACGGCUCACUCUGAUACACAAAACGCACGUUUGGUUUUCACUGAAUCUGGCGACAUCAACAGCCAGGUCACCCCAUACCUCAUUCUCACACUCGAUCUUCCCCCCACUCCUCUCUUCCAGUCGGCAAACCGGGAAUCUAUCAUUCCGCAAGUGCCACUCACCACACUUCUCAAUAAAUACAAUGGACUCACGGCUUCCGAAAAAAUGGCUCACCGUGUCAGACAUCGUCUUCUUCACCCCCUCCCUCCUUACCUUCUAUUCCAUAUCAAACGCUUCAACAAAAAUCGCUUUGUGUCAGAGCGGAACCCUACGAUUGUCACUCACCCCAGUCCCCGCUCUCUUGACAUGUCACCAUACGUUGAGCCAAACCCGAACAUUUGGCCCCCGGGAGAACCUAUCCUUUACGACCUCGUGGCAAAUAUCAUUCUAGACCCCUCAAUUGCAGCCCCCGGAGCUACAGAAGAUGCCGCCGAUAAGGGUGUCAACGCUGCGUCUGGCUCAUCUUCCGGGGCCGGUGGCGGCAGCGAAAAGGUAUCCUGGCUUGUCCAGCUGCAUGACAAGGCCAUGUCCGCAGAGAACACACGCCAUCAAAAUGGCGGUGCCGCGGAACAACGUGGCCCUGAGUGGCUUGAGGUGCAGGACUUGUUUGUGAAACGCGCUGAGAGUGAGACUCUAUUUACACGUGAAGGAUACCUGAUGGUUUGGGAGCGCAGGAAGGUCCCUGGCCAGAAGGGCAAGGGCCGGGCCGAUGCCAAAUAG